UUGGAACUUACACGAGUCAGUGUAAGGAACAUGAUCAGCCGGCAGCCUGUCCAGGACAGGCAUGGAAACGGCCGCGGCGCUCACCUCCCCGCACCUAUAGCCCUGUAAACAAAUUAAGAAUAUAUAUCAAUAUAUUUAUGCAUCAGCGAUGCUACCUUGGAAGAAAAAUAAAUUUGAUUUAAUCGAGAAGCAGCAGCCGAAGCAGCUCGGCUACUCGGUGAGUUUGAACUGUAACACUAUCACUUCGCUUGCCCGCGCCUGCCCGGACGUGGUGGCGGAGAGUGCCCUCAACCGGGUCUGCAGCAUGUUUAAAUCCAAGAGGAGGAAGAUCAAGAUCACGGGCGAGGAUCCCACCUACACGGUGCUGUACCUCGGCAACGCCGCCACCAUUCAAUCCAAAGGCGAGGGCUGCGCCGAUGUGGCGGUGACCAAGAUCUGGAGCAAGAGCGAGCAGGGCAAGAGCGGCACCAGGAUGAAGCUGACCAUCAGCUCUCAGGGAAUCCGCAUGGUUCACGUCGACGGCAAGGCAAGGAGACCGGGUCACCUGUACCUCCUGCACAGGAUCACCUACUGCGUGGCAGAUCCCCGAUCUCCAAAAAUCUUCGCCUGGAUCUACAGGCACGAACUGAAGCACAAGGCUGUGAUGCUGAGGUGUCACGCCGUGCUGGUCUCCAAGCCCGAGAAAGCUAAGGCAAUGGCCCUCCUCCUCUACCAGACCUCCAGCAACGCCCUGGCCGAGUUCAAGAGGCUGAAGAGGAGGGACGACGCCAGGCACCAGCAGCAGAAGCUGGUCGGGGAGCAGAGCAUCCCCUUGGUUCCGCUGAGGAAGCUGAUGAACGGCCAGUGCAGCUACAAGCCUCCGGUGGAGAGGAGCAGAAGCGCCCCGAAGCUGGGCUCGAUCACCGAGGACCUGGUGGGGGAGGAGGAGGAACAGAGAGCCCUGCUGGAGAUCAGCCUGGAGUACGAGGACAUCCUGGGCAGAACGGAGCCCUCGGCCAGCGACGAGCGCCACAGCUAUUCCGAGCUUAUCAGCGAGCUGGGCGAAUUGACGAUAGGCAACGACGUCCAGUUACUGAGGGCUGAUCUCCGAGUUACUCGACUCCUGUCCGGCGAAAGCACCAGCAGUGAGUCGUCGCUGGGCAGCGGAACCAGCGACCAGGACGCGGUGGCAGCAGCGGACGACAGCGAGGAAGGCGACCCGCAAGAGAUGGGAUAAUUGCACCCGUCCUCGGAACCGGCAGCGAUCACAUCCCGCGUGUUGCCUCUCACCUUCCCUGUACCUCAUCUUUACUGUAACUUUAAGAUGGUAAAAAGAGGAAGAACUUAGUGCAAUUCGGGAAAAUGCAUGCACAAAAUGCUUUUCAAAAGGACAUUGUCUGGCUUACAAUUUUGCGCCAACUUUAUUCGUUCCCUAAAUGAGUAAGUAGAAGAUUUAACACUUAGAAAUGGAAGUUGCGAUGCGUGAGCCGGUCUGGUCUCUCUGACAAUGAACUUCCUAUGGAAGUAGCGACAAUGAUGGCUGGCGCUGGGACACGAUUUGUGUGGGUAACAUGACCGGCAACAUACUGCCCUUCUGAAAGUCCCCUCCCCCUAUUCACUGCAGUGGCGGCGAUGUCCAGUUGACCAGCAUCGUGUGCCGCUAUCCCGUGAGCAAGGGCAGGGAAGCGAAGCGUUUACCUAGAGAGACGAAUGCUGGUGUUAGAGUGGCAGGUGCAGUUACAGCUGGGUGAACGUCAGGCCGGGAUGUGGUUUACAAGACAAAUCCAUCAGGUUAUGGCAAUUGAAUAAGCAGUCGGUCAGAUAUCCGCACUGGAAAUUUUAAGGCGACGCUGAAGAGCCCUCUUCAUAGCUAAGAAACCCUCAGUGAAUUCCUCUCAACUUUCUUCAAUCAUCAAAUUUUAAAAAAAAGCUAAUGAAAAGCUUCAAAGAAGCCCACAACAUGGGGAAAAAAUCAACUCAUCUGAAGAGAAUUUCUUCUGUAAGCAAAUCUAUUAGCACCGUGCGUGCAUUCCUUUAACAAGUUAUUCAUGGAGUAAGAGAUGCAAGCAGGUUAAAAGAAAUAAAAAAGAUGGAAGGCAAAAUCAAGGAAGAGUUAAGAGACAAUAUCGAACAAUUGUCAUGUUUUCCCUCAUCCUGGAAGUUAGGCUGAAUAAACUUGCCUCCUUUAUUAUAUCCAUUUUUUUCUUUGGAUUUGUAUGCACGUUAUUUCCUUCUCCCUUAAAACUAUUGAAAAUUUACGUUUGUCUCUGUAAAAUACACAACCAUCAUCCUUUGAAAUCCCAACCUGCUAAUCCCAGCCUGACACUACAAAUUUCAGUUGAUUUUGACUUUUAAGAAAUUGCAAACCCAUCUUCAUGCUUCCUCAUGUCUGUUAUAAGGAAGAACACACAGCUGGCUAGGAAUUCCCUUACCUAAUGUUCCGAGAGUGAAUAAUGAAUCAGUUGAUUUAAGCACUGAGCCAGAUUAAAAAUAUUCAUGUUUCAGAGGGCAGAAGGGAAGCCAGUGUUCCAGAGGCUUUGCCGCUGAACUAAUUUUGCAGCUGCAGCCACUGGCACUCGCCUCAGCUCUGAACCUGGCUCUGUGACUGUGGCCAGCAGCCAUCAGGCUCCCGGACCGGCUGCAGUGGUAACCUAGCUUCAUGGCUGUGAUCUUACUUUCAGAGACUGUAUGGUUCUUGUUCUAUGGACCAUUUGUUUUUUUUUCUUUUUUUAUUCUUUGCACAUCGUCUUUGUGGUGCUUUCUUUUCUCGUGAAUUCUGUUGUAUUUCUUUGCUUUGUGGCUGCCUGCAAGAAGAUGAACCUCAAGGUUUUUACAUGGUAUAUCUACUUUGAUAAUAAGUCUACUUUGAACUUUGGCUCUAUUCCUAUUAAUCCAGCCACUGUCCUUUUACACAACCAUUCAUGGAUCCUUCUCAAUCCAUUUAGCACAUGAGAAAUCUUCAAAAACAUAAAUGGCAUUAAUUGUUGUAGCUUGCUUUCAUUCAGUAAUAUCAUACAUCGAUUAGGGUACAUAUAUUAUAAUUUUUCCUUCUGGGUCUAAUAAUACAGUAUACCAUACCAAUUUCAUUUGGGAGAAUCUGUCAUUUUAUGCCUACACUUAGGCAUGGAAAGCUCGACUUAGAUUGCAUGAAAUGGAGAAGUGAAGAGAAAGAGGUGCAGAAAUAUUGCAAAACUGAUCUGAGCUGUCAAUGUUCAAGGCUUCAGCAAUAUUCAAUAAAUUGGCCCAUCUUCAGAGUUAUCAACAUCCUUCAGAGUCAGAAAAUCUCGACUCAUUUGAAGCUUUGAUGAAACAAUGCAAACAGACUGUUAUAAUUCAUUCUAUCUUUAUUUAAAGUUUAGUUUCUUUAAUCCCAGAAGGGGGCUGAGCUAAAAUUAGCAUUUCUAAAUUUUUGGUCAUUUCCUUAUUUUGAAUUAGUUUGAUUAACUAAAAUAUUAUCUAAUUUGCAAGUGUUUUAUAUUUUUAAGUAUUUCAAUCUUUCCACCUUCUAAAGCUUGAUAAUGAUUUUUAAAGGUAGAACUAAUUUUUAUUGCCUUUGAAUAUUCUUGCAUGACAUUCAUAAACCAUCUAGCAGUUUUAAUGGUUUUGACAGCCGGCAAGUCUGGCCAGGAGGAAUGGUUAGCAGUCAGGGGGGAGGUAUGCAGGGUGCUUGGGGUAGUGGUGGGUGGCUGAAUGGGCUGCCAAAGUAUUUUUGAGUUAGCAGCUUGAGACUUACAAAAAUAAAUUUCUGCAGUUCUCACCAGUAACAGACUGGACUUUCGGAACUUGAAAAAUGCAGGAGUGGGUAGUGAAUCUCACUGAGGCUCGCUAGAGAGAAACACACAGCAGACUUGAUGCAUAAUUGAUGGAGAAAAGCAGGGAAUCCUGUGUUUUGAAAUUUUGGAAUAAAUUAUUAAGUUUCAAUAAAUAUUCUAAUAAGCUUUCCUAUUGUGUCUUCUUCACACUAUCGCAGCAGUCACGUUCAGCUCACAGUUGCUUUGUUGUCAUUCUCAUGGUCUAGUUUUUACUGGCGGCAAUGGUAACCUCACCCUCCAAGUGUUUAAUAUGCAUGAGCUUCUAUUUUUGGCUGCAGCUUUCCAAAGUGAGUGUGAUAAACCGGAGCUGAGUAUCAUAGAGGGGUAAUGCAAACUGCCUUCAUACUGAAAGGCUCACCUACAGCUCAACUGGAGCACUUCAACAAAAAUUUACAGUGGCCAUUAUAUGAAUCACCAUUUUAGUCAGGUGAACUGUUCAAAAAAGAUAAACUUGUUAAUUGCUUUGAAUCUACCACUUUCCU